AUGAAGGCAUCAAAACUGGUUUCUUCUGGUCUGCAAGCCUUAAAAACGAGAAUUGCACCAACCAUGACGAAAAUGACCAGUAACCCACUUCCAAGCGCCGCUGUGAAUUCUGUUCCACGCACGUUCUACAAACGUCAACUUCCCUCCCAGUGCACAGCCUUUGACUCGACUGAGGGAAAGCGUCUUUUUAUGCAGGCUCUGCAGGAAGGAGGUAUGGAGAAUUACUUUUCACUUGCACAGCAGUUUGUCACACAGAACGAGCCGGCAUUUUGCGGGCUUGGUACUCUCUGUAUGAUAUUAAACUCAUUAAAAGUGGACCCUGGACGACUUUGGAAAGGUGCCUGGCGCUGGUACGACCAGGACAUGCUCGAUUGCUGUCGUUCGUUGAGUAACAUCAAGAAGGACGGUAUUACGAUUGAAGAGUUCUCGUGCUUGGCCGCAUGCAACGGAUUGUCUGCUCAGAUGAAACGUGCAGACAACGUUACGUUGGAGGAUUUCCGACGCGAUUUAGUCAAGUGUAGUACCAUUACGGACUGCAUCAUGGCCGUUUCCUAUUCCCGUAAGGCGCUUGGACAAACCGGCGACGGCCACUUCAGUCCGGUGGGAGGUAUCAGUUUCAAAGAUGACAAGGUGCUUAUCCUUGAUGUGGCGCGUUUCAAAUAUCCCUCGUACUGGGUCGAUAGUAAGCUGUUAUACGAAAGUCUGCUGCCACUCGAUAAAACGAGCGGCAAACCUCGCGGUUAUGUUAUUUUACGCCCGUUAGAAACACCGUUGGGGUUGUUGACAUUUCGUCUGAAUAAAUACAGUUGGCGCCAAAUGGAACAACGUUUGGUUCAACAACUGCCGCGGCUGUCCAGCGUGAAGGAAUUGGCCGAUUUGGUAGCUGGUUUUGAUAAGGCUUCACUCGUCCCGCUAAUUGACGAACGUGCUGAAAGUGCACCCUCUGCAGCUUUUGAGCAGUUUGUCGAGAAACUUGCACGCACAAAGACGUACCAACUGUUUACCGACGCACAGGUGCGUAACCCUUUGUAUACAACGCUUGCUUUCUGGGCAAUUUACACGCAAACAUCUAUCCAGGCAUGGUGUUCCCAACCAGUGCUGCUUGAGCUUAAUGAGUAUCUUGACGAGGCAUUCCUGCCAGAAUUCUCUGAACAGAUGGAUACUCUUCGUCAACAACUUGCAAGUUUGACUUCCUGCUGCACUAAUGAGCAAGGAUGUUGUCGUUCGAGCUGUUGCAAUCAUGCAAAGUGA